UCUUUCCCCUGCGCGAUUAUUGCAGCAGUAUUAUAUGUUGCCUUUGGACGGACGAAGACAGCGAGCUUUUCAAUACCCCGCAUUAGACGAUAGAAGACGCCCGUGAGGUCUGCUUGAUCGAUUUUUGACGGCCAAUGCCAGCCGUCAUCCAAGAUGGGAAGAAUACUGGCGAUCGUCGCUGCGCUGCUGCUCGUCGCCGCCCGCUAUGCGAGAGCGCAGUCGGCGCUGAGUGUCGAUCUUAAAUCCCCAAGCUCUAUCAAGGCGGCUUCCAAGAUAGUUGCGAAAAAUCUCAUGGCGUACUACCACGGCGACGAAUACGGACAAACCAUUGGGAUUCUGCCCGGCCCUCCGCCAGUGGGGCCGUACUACUGGUGGGAGGCCGGCGCAAUGUGGGGUACGAUGGUGGAUUACUGGUUUUACACGGGGGAUGAUCAGUUUAACAAUGUGACGACGGAGGCUCUGCUCUUCCAGGCCGCUGCUCCGCAGAACAGCUACCAGCCCAUCAAUUGGACCGCGUCGCUCGGGAAUGACGACCAGGCCUUCUGGGGUAUGGCGGCCAUGCUCGCCGCCGAGGUCAACUUCCCCAACCCGCCAAAGGACCAGCCGCAGUGGUUGGCGUUAGCCCAGGCCGUCUUCAACACACAGGCCCCGCGCUGGGAGUUGGAGGAUUGCAACGGCGGCCUACGCUGGCAGAUUCCCAGAUCCAACGGUGGCUUCAACUAUAAAAACUCCAUCGCCAAUGUCUGCUUCCUCAAUAUUGCUGCCCGUCUCGCCCGAUAUACCAACAAUGAGACGUAUGCGCAAUGGGUCGAGACGACGUGGGACUGGAUGGAAGGCGUCAAGUAUAUUGAUAAGGCGUACAACGUCUUCGAUGGUGGCCAUGUCGAGCACAACUGUACCGACAUCAACCCUGUGCAGUUCUCCGCCAACGCUGCCGUGCUCAUUCAUGGCGCCGCCAUCAUGUACAAUCACACAAACUCCCAAAAGUGGCGGACUCGGGUGAGUGGCCUGCUGAACCGGACAAUUGAACAUUUCUUCCCCAACGGUAUCAUGGUGGAGAGGGCGUGCGAGCUGGACGACCGAGUCCAGUGCAACGUCGACCAGCACUCGUUCAAGGGCUAUAUGCACCGCGCGCUGGCCACGGUAGCCCUGGUUGCGCCCUUCACGCAUGAGAACAUCACCAAUGUGUUGAGGACAUCGACCCAGGGUGCCAUCAAGAGCUGCCUCUCGGACGGGACCUGCGGCUUCCGCUGGACCACAGGUAACUACGACGGCGACGUCGGGAUGGGCCCUGCUGGUCAGGAGAUGAGCGCGUUGGCAGCAUUGAUGACGCAGUUGGUGGACCAGCAGCCGGUCGCCGGCCCGCUAACGAACACGACGGGCGGCACCAGCGUAGGUGACCCCAACGCGGGCUCCAUCCCGAAUACGCUGCCAACCCUGGCGCCAAUCACACAGGCAGACCGGGGUGGCGCUGGUUUCUUGACUGCCUUUGUCUUGACGUCCUUGCUGGGCUGUCUUAUAUGGAUAAGUAGCGAAUGGGCCGAAGGCAAGUGAGGUAAAUAGUCAUUUCGGGGGCUUGUAUCUGGAUCUU